AUAAAAUAAAAUAAAGCCUAAUGUUUGUUCAUAGGUUAAUAUUAUUGAAUGAUAAAUUUACAAGUAAAUUUAACAAUGCGAAGAGGUAGACUAAAGGAACAUCGGACAAAACAAAAUGAAUCACGUGGUCAAAAUAUCAACAGGCCAACCGCUAUUGCCAUCUCAACGACCUUGAGAGCCACGUGCUCUCUUCCCCUACUAUUUUGUUGUACCACGCGCGUCACCAUGGAGAUCUCGAUUCUCCCCGGACUACUGGUUACCAAUGGAACCUUAUUUGGUCCCCAUCAACAAAAUCGAUAUUUUCUUUUUAGUCCUAGUGUUUACAUCCAUUUCGCGCUCUUACAACUUCGGUUGGAUUAUAAGUGAAAACUGACCUAAACUUGCUGUAAAAUAUGUACAAAUACGAGACCGUACAUCACUUAUGAUGGAACUUAGUUUGUACGGAUCACAGGUGCGACUAUUGAGUCAUAUUUUUGAAGUUGAAAAGUCUCACUCCAGUCCCAAUCAAUUUCACCUUUCGGGGCUUCCAUUUGUUUGUGUACCGCAGAUUAACCUGGCAACGCGCGAGAGAACCACCCCAACCAACAGCUACCAACACUUGGCGGGAAUCGGAACGUCACCGUCAUCGUCGGUCGGAGGUCGACCCGGUUCGGCGUUCAACAGCAGUCGUCCCUUUCCGGCGCACAUCAGACGACCUCUGUCGGCCGAUAGUCAGAUCCGACGAAAGUCGUCAUACGGUGGCGCAGGUGGUAGCAACAGUUCGACUUCGGGAUAUUUGUCAAAACGUAGCACUUCUUCGUCCAGUUUGUUGAAGUCUUUGCUGGCGGAACCGAUUUCGCGGUACUGGGGUUCAAAGACGUUAGCAACGUCCGGGUGCUCCGGCAACGUGGUCGCCACACGAUCCACCAAGCACAUGUCCAAGGUGAAAAGCAAGAAAAGAAGCACGGUAGGUAAAAAAAAGCUAGUGGAGUGUAGUUCGGAAGAAGAGACCAGCAUGGAUGAGGACACUCAGGAGUCGAACAACGAGGCGGAGCUAGAGAACAUUUGGUCUAGGGAUGGAAUGAAGAUCCUUCCAGGGAUGGAUAAGAAGCCUCCGAUUCCUCGGGGAGUCAUGCGGAAGGCUCCGGUGACGAAAAAGAUAGGGAACCUGUCGAUGAUACAGAGUAGUGAACCAAAGACCGAUAAAAAGGUCGAUUUGCCGGGGAGGGUGUCGUUCAGCUCAAACGACCCCUACGAGAUAGACUACAGUGAUUACGAAGACAAUGAGUUUACGUUAGCGAAGCAGACUGUCUCCAAUGGAAUAGGCCAACGAAAUUCAGAGUCUGUAUACGACGAACGGAGAUAUCAGGAGCCGUUGUCGGAACAACCGAUCAAGCCAAAGUUUAAUUUGGUGAAAUUUGAAGAGGAACUGACCAGUUCUGGUUGUGAUACAAAAGAGGAUAAGUCUGAGAAGUUUGUCAAAUUUGGUUCAACGCCAGAGUCGCUCUGUGAUGAAGACGACUCGAACAAGAUCAUAGAGGAUUACAAAAAGGAGAUCGAAGAUAUCAACAGGCGAAGAGAGAUGGAACUCAAGAUGGCAUCAACAGAUAACUCAAAGUCCUAUGAUCCGAAACGGUACACAACUGUUGAGGUUACGGAAACAUAUGUGGAAGAAACGUACAGGAUAGCAGCAGCAAGUUGUACAAGUGCUACCGAAGAUACCGAUAAUGAAAUUGAGAGGCUUCGUAGUAGACCAGGAAGCGGUAAGAAGGAUGUGAUAAACGAGUACUAUGAAUGCAUCAACGAGAUUAUCAACCAUCAAGGAGAGAAGAAAUUCCAACAAAACACCAAAGAAGAUACUCUACGUCUAAAUUUGAAUAACGAAUCAAAGCCUGUUCCAGUGGAUAAGAAUUUCCAAGCGAUCAAACCUGCUCCAAAGCUAGAUAAGAACAAACUGGACAACAGCUCUAAUCAAAUCAUCAAGAACUAUUUCAAAGUGAAGGAGCAAAAUUUCAACGAUCUGAAAUCGGUGAAAUCCAAUCAAAAGAACAGUAACUUGCUCCCUAAAAAGCAUGGUAAAGCUCUGGAUAAACCCAAAUCUGCCGAUGCGCACAAAUCGAUCUUGAGAAAUGCUAAGAAAGACAAUGCCGCACCUAAGUUUUCCGCUCCCCUAUGUCGGCAGGAGAGCAACAUUUCGGAAUUCCAGAUGGAGAAGGUCGUCAGUUGGAUGUCGUGCAACGAAGACACCUUUCCGAAACCGUACGAAAGCGAUCCGGACGGCGGUGCUGGCGGAAUAUUAUUGGGACCACCGAUUGAAGCCAAAGCACGACCCAUAACUCCUACGACUGACUUGAACAAGACUGACGAUGAAUCGAACUUUCACUAUGACCAUGGGCGGCGGGAGAUGGCCGGCAGCGAACAGACCAACUACGAUGAAGAAUCGUUGGCGAGUGAACUACCCAAGCAGAAGUCGGAUUUUCAAGCCCUAAAGAGCGAGGUGGAAUACCGACUGAGCAACAUACUGGAUUCGCGUGACUCGCCGGACAGUGCAGGCGAGUACCGUCACGAAGAACAGGACAGGGAUAAAGUGAAGGAUCUGCUUUCCUAUCUCGAUCAGGUCGAGAUGAAAUGCGAGAAAGCCUUCAAGUCGGCCGUCCCGUCGGAGUCGGACAGGUCUGAGAUGGAAUUUGCUGCCGAACCGGACUACAUCGAAACCGUUCCGAAAAUGAACGACCUACUGGAGAUCCCCGUGCACCAACUGGCCAGACGGGUCAUCAAACUAUCUCUUCGUGCCAACGAACUGAGCAACGCGAUGCACCUUUCCAAGGAACACCUCUCGAACGUACGAUCGGACAAGAUGAAGGCGGUCCGAGCGGAAAAAGUCGCGUUCCAAAACAAGAUGAAAGAACAGAAGAAACACUACGAAGACAUCAUCGGUCGUCAUCAGGAAUUUAUCGAUCAGCUGAUCAAGGACAAGUCCGGCCUGUGCGAUAAGGUUACGCAGCUGACGAGAAGAAUCGAGUCGCAGAACCAAAGCUGGGAGCACCGACUGAAAACGGAGCUGGAGAAAGCGAAGGAUACGGCGUUGGCGGCGGAGAAAAUUCGAAGGGAGAAAUGGGUCAGGGAGAAUACCAAGAAGAUCAAGGAGCUUACUGUGAAAGGGUUGGAGUUGGAAAUUAAUAAAAUGACGGCAACUCAUCAGAAGGAAAUCGCAGAGCUGAAACGACAGCACAAGGAUGAAAUGAUGUGUGCCGUGUCGGAGCUCAAGCUACAGUAUGAGCAGAAGGAAGCCGACAUCAGGCAGAAUCUCCAAAAGGAACGGGACGCGUUGAUCGAAAGGGAGCGGCAAGCGUUGCUGGAACGAUUCGACAAGCAAGUCAGCGAGGAGCGAGCGAUUUUCGAACAGCAGCGGCAACAUCUGCUGAAUGAAUUUGAGAUCGAAAAGGAACGCAAUCUUAAGGAACUAAAGAAUCGAAAUCAGUAUUUCGAAACGCAGAUACACGAACAGAAGAGUGACAAUGCCAAGAAUUUGGAAUUCGCUCGCAAGGAAUACGUGCAGAUGCUGAAGGACCGUGAGAAUAAACAUAAGGAGGAACUGGCCAAACUGCAAAACCAGCUCGAGGCUGAUUUUGCCCUUUGGAAAAAGAAGCACGAGGAAACUGCCAAAAUGGCGAUGGAAGAGCGGGAGAAUACAGUCAGGCAGCAGUUGCGCGUUGAACGAGAUCAGCAAAUCGAUCGAAUCGUGGCCAAGGUGGACGCAGAAACGCAGAAGUAUCAGAAGGAUUUCGACGCCAAGAUGAACCGCCUGAAGGAGAAACACCAGGCGGAGAUGCGUGAACAAGAGGCAGCCGAAGCACUGCUCAAGCAAAAGUAUCAGGAUUCACGGGCUCAGCUGGCGGAAAGUGAGGCGACCGUUCAGAAUAUGAAAUCGUCGAUGAAGCAGGUGGAGUUGCAGCUAAGUCACUCGAAGAAGCUGUGCGAAGAGUUGUUGCGCGAGAAGGAAACCAUGAAAACCGAAGCGCGCAAGGAGGUUCAGAAGGAUUUGGCCAACAUGCAGAAGGAUCGUGAACGGGAGAUUGAGAGGAUAUAUUGCAGAGUUCAACAAGCAAUAGAUAAGAAGGAUGCCACUAUUGGGAACUUACAGAAGGAGAUAGCAUCCCUCAAAGAGAGAUGCCUGAAGCAAGAUGCUAUCAUUCGGCAGCAACGCAUAGACUAUUGUAUAAAGUAGAUCCGUACAAAAAGUACAAUAAAAUAAAAAAUCGUUUUCG